AUGCUCUUUUUGACAAGUGGAAGAUGCAUUCUAGCACGCCACAAACCUGGAUAACAAGAGCUGCGCGCGGAUUACACGUGAACCAAUAAAGGGACGCCGAGACACUUAUUGCGUAAAUAUUUACAUAAAAUAAGAAUACAUUAUAAAACAGAUUUAACAAAACAUUCAAGUGGUUAUUUCUUGAAGAUGAAGAAGACUACUUCACAUCAAGCUCUAAAACGCUCAUUUGAAGUGGAGGAUGUGGAUUCUUCAUCACAUUCUUCCUCACCUCACACACGCCGAGCACCGUCUAAUGUUCAGCGUUCAGCCAUGUCCCCUACCAGUGGACGGUAUUAUGAAUUAGGUUCCAAUGGUACCAAGCCUUCUGACACCUCGAGGCCCAAAGCUCGAACUCCCGAACCUGUGCCACGUAGGACAGAGCUGUGCUUUGACAUUGCAUCCAACAACAACGGAAAAGCUAUUGAAGGCUCUCCAAGUCCAGGCACAUCUCGGUUUGGGCUGAAGAGGCCAGAUGUCUUGGGCCACAGUAAGACACCUGAAACCCAGAAGCACUCAGUGACCUUCAGCAAGACACUAGAGACUAUUGCUCCCAUCACACGUGCAGCAUCUACCAUUGUUCCCCAUGCCAGUUCUAAACUCCCAGAGACCACCUUUAGGAAGAGUGAGCCACCAAGCCCUGGGGAUGGAUCAGCAAGAAAACCUGAAAUUACUAUCUCCAAAACAUCAGACGCCAGAAGUCAUGAGAGUCUUCACCAUCCACCAGUUACAACCAGGUGCCCAUCACCUAAUCACGUUGGACGGAAAUCUCCUGGAUCUGAUGGCCAUAGACCCGAGGUUAUUACAAGUUUUUACGGAAAUAUGGCGGACGUAGGAAAGACACCUGUGGCACGGAACGAAAAGACCAGCAGUGAAUUUGGCUAUGUGGGCAUUGAUGCUAUCUUGGAACAGAUGAGGAGGAAAGCCAUGAAACAAGGCUUUGAGCUCAACAUAAUGGUAGUGGGUCAGAGUGGUCUGGGUAAAUCCACAUUGAUGAACACACUUUUUAAAUCUAAAGUGAGUCGUAGAUCCGUUAUGACAACAGAGGAAGAGAGAAUUCCUAAGACCAUUGAAAUCAAGUCAAUUAGUCAUGAUAUUGAAGAAAAAGGAGUGAGAAUGAAGCUGACCGUCAUUGACACACCAGGGUUCGGAGACCAAAUAAACAAUGAGAACUGCUGGCAGCCCAUCAUGAAGUUCAUUAAUACACAAUACGAACAGUAUUUACAGGAAGAGAUCAACAUUGACAGGAAGAAGAGAAUUCCAGACUCACGAGUCCACUGCUGCAUAUACUUUAUUCCUCCUACCGGACACUGUUUGCGACCAAUUGACAUUGAAUUUAUGAGACACCUCAGUAAGGUGGUAAACAUUGUUCCUGUCAUCGCCAAGGCAGAUACUCUUACCCUGGAGGAGAGAGACUUCUUCAAACAGAAGAUAAGAGAAGACUUGCGAGCCAAUGAAAUUGACAUCUAUCCUCAAAAGGAGUUUGAUGAGGAUGCAGAGGACAGAAUGAUUAAUGAGAAGAUCAGGGAGAUGAUCCCAUUUGCUGUGGUGGGAAGUGAUCAAGAAUAUCAGGUCAACGGAAAAAGACUUCUGGGCAGGAAAACAAGAUGGGGAACAGUAGAAGUUGAGAACACCACACAUUGCGAGUUUGCUUACUUGCGGGACCUUCUCAUCAGGACUCACAUGCAGAAUAUUAAAGAUAUUACAAGCAGCAUCCAUUACGAGAUGUACCGCGUUCGCAGACUCAAUGAGAAUAACACCAAACCAAAUGGACAACCAGCAAUCCACACCAAUGGUGUACCUGAGCAUGAAGUUCUCUCCCAUGAGAUGUAAAUGUCUCUAACUAUAUUUCAAUACAUCAGUCCGUCCAUCUAUCUAUUUCUCUUCCUCAGUUCACUGUACUUUUUUCCAUCUGCCCGUUUGUAAUCUUUGACUGUUCUUUUAUAACAUCAAAAAUUUCUGAGGAUUUUUUUCUUUAGGUGUGUAGCAAAAUGUAAUGUUCUGUGAUGAGAGUUUUAUUAUAGUGUUUUUAUGGUAAUUGUUAAGUGAGCUGGAGCAAUGGCUUGUCAAGUUUAACAUGCCAUGAUACUCAGCGUUGGAUCGAUCACCCAAAAAAAUUAUUAUUAUUAUUAUUUUAUCUGUUAAACACAAAACAAAAUGUUAUGAAAUGUACUGUUUGUUGUUGUUCUUUCCUAUUGUGAAAGUCAGUGGUUACAGGUUUCCAAGAUAUUCAAAAUAAAAAAUCUAAAUCCAGGGUGAGUAAAA